UUGCAACUAAGAAAGAUAAGUCUGUUCAACAUCUGCACGAUCUCAAGCAAAUUAUGCAUUAUAAUAUGUAAUGAGUAGUCUUAUUUAUACGGUUAGUGGACAAUGGUUUACAAUUAUGAAUGGUAAUCAGUAUGUCUGCGUUUUAUUACUGCAUAUUGUAUUUGAGAUCUCAAUUAUAUGAAAUGUCAUAAACAUAGAUAUAGAAUACGCUACUUAAACUGUGUACAGUACAAGUGGUAACAUUUUAUGUUGGUAUCAGAUACACUGUGAGCUGGCACAGUUGUAAACGUACAUUCCCGAAAGUAUGAGUUUGCACAGUGAGCUGGCACUAAUGCAUCUCAUAUAUAUGUUGAUACACGUACGGUUUAGAAUGUGCUAUGGCACAUACUUUAUGAAUUUGUAUGUACGCACGUGUAUUAUGUUUCUAUGUUCGGGCACUAUGAUAAUGUACGAUAUGUUCUGAUACAAAUAUGAUUUGUGUGCAAACACUUUCAGUUACUCACUUGUGCAUAGGCGUACAUUAAGUAGUUAUGAUGUCUUCUUUUAUUCAACGAAUUCAAUUGAGUAUGAACGCUUUCAACUAUGGCUAUGAUAUGAGCAUGAUGAGCAUAGACAUGUAUGUUGGACUCAAUCAUUUUUGUCAGGCAUUUUUUUUAAAGCCAUGUUUACACGAGCGCUUGGUACAUCUUCAUUGUGCCAGGGCAAGCGGAUCUGUAAUCAGGCGAAGAUUCCUGACGGGAAGUUGGUUUGAGUUUACAACAAGCAUGUGAUUUGUAUGAUAUCACUUAAGUUUCGUAUUUUAUUCAAGGUAGGAACAUGCCACCUAAGAGAAAAAGGAGUCGGGUGACAAAAGCUGCGGAGCCAACCGAGUCUCAACCAAAACGCAGCGCACCGUCUAAAGACCUGGAAAUCGUGGAUACAAUCCAAAACGCAAUACAAGCAGCCAUUCCUGGUAUUACGAAGGCGGUAAUGGAUGAGAUAUCCAAACAAAAGACUAGUACUGACACCGCUAUAAUGCCAAGUCCUUCAGCGCCUGAGGGGGAAGCGGCCAAUGACAGCGCUGUGGAGCCUACGGUUAAUCUGGGUCCGGGAAUUUCAGGACCUAUGUACAAAUAUGGACCCAGUGCCAUCAGCAGUUCACCCAACAAUGCUAACACUCUAAAAGAUAUAGCGACAGCCAUUCUGAAGAAUUCCCUCGCUCCUACAUCAAGGGCAGCUUAUGAAAAAACAUUUGCUUUUUACGCUGACUUUAUGUCAACCUACUUUCCUAAUAUCUCUUUACUGCCUCCUACUACUGAGCAUUUGGCGCAUUUUAUAGCUUUUUGUUUUCAAAGUAACAUCGCAGCAUCAACCUUGAAAACUUACAUUUCGGCUCUGAGUUAUAAUUUCAAAAUUCAAGGUUUUGAAGAUCCAUCACAACAAUUUGUAAUUCGCAAAAUGCUACAGGGAUAUCAAAAGUUAAAAACAGUAGGAAGUGACACAAGAUUGCCCAUAACAACGUCAAUUCUGAAACAGCUUGUAACUUCUUUAGACAAGUUAGGCAUUUCAGCCUAUUUAUGCAGUAUGCUAAAGGCAAUGUAUUUGCUGGCUUUUCAUGCUUUUUUAAGGGUUGGUGAAAUAACAGUUUCGUCUUCUACGAACGUUAAAAACGUAUUAAAUCUGGUCAAUGUAAAACUCGUUUCGGAUAAACUAAAUUCCAGUGAAUCUCUUGAGAUUACAAUGGAUAAUUUCAAACAUAGUGCAGGCAAACAUAUACCCACGUUGAUUCUACAAAGAAACGAAUCGGAAGAGCAAUUUUGUCCUGUUCAGGCUAUUCAGCUAUUUCUUAAAGUUAGAGGCCAGUCACCAGGCCCUUUGUUUGCAUAUCCAAAUGGUGAUGGGUUACUAAGACAACAUUUUACAAAUUAUUUGCAAAUGUCUCUUAAAUGGGCAGGGCUAAAUACGAGUCAUUAUAAAGGCCACAGUUUUCGAAUAGGAGCUGCGACAUGCGCUGCAGCAAUGGGAAUUUCAGAGGAAAAAAUCAAACGAAUGGGAAGAUGGCAUUCCGACGCUUUUAAAAAGUACAUAAGAAUCCCUGUGCUUCAUAUUUAGAUGAAUUUGAUCAUGGGGUCAUGAGUCUCUGAUCAAAUAGUAUAAAUUAGUAUUUCACCCCUUUUAUUUCUUCGCGAAAGCAUAGGUGAGGGUCAGCAGGUUUUUGAACAGUAGUUUUCCUUUCGGUUAAUCUGUAUAUAUGUUGCCGUAGGUAAUGACUUUCAGACUUUUGAAAUUUAACAUUGGGUCAUGGGGACAUGGGCCUCUGAUUCCACAAUUGCUAGUGAACUAUGGAUGAGAGUUUGUUGUCAUUUGAAAUUUGACACUGGGUCAUGGGGACACGGGCCUCUGAUUCCACAAUUGCUAGUGAACUAUGGGUGAGAGUUUGUUGUCAUUUGAAAUUUGACACUGGGUCAUGGGGACACGGGCCUCUGAUUCCACAAUUGCUAGUGAUCUAUGGCUGAGAAUGUGUUGUCACUUGAAAUUAGACACUGGGUCAUGGGGACAUGGGCCUCUUGACUUCAUAACGGGUAAUGUAGCCUUGCAUGAAAGCAUUUUGUUACUUAUUGCUGCAUGAAUGAUAUGAACAGUUUCUUCACGAGGACAAGGGCCUCUGACAAUUCUUAAAAGGAAAAUACUGACCAUUACUUGUACAUCAUUUAAGCACUUUUGUAUAACACAAAUGUAAUUCGUAUUCUUUAUGUGAAUGUUAACAUAUCUCAUAUUCAUUGAAGACAAUAGUUUUGGGUGGGGUUUAUUGUAUUCAUUGUUUCACCAUGAACACAAUAAGGUGGCGAUUUUUUAUGCCCCACCUAUAAUAAUUGGCUUAACAAAAUGUAUUUGUUAAUUUUAUGCACAUAUUUUUUAUGAUUGUGUAAUGUUUGUCAAUUUGUUUAAUUAGUAUUUUUGCAUGAUUUGUCUCGUCAUUUAUUAGAUCAAAAUAAAUGACAAUUUUCAAUUCAAACUCUCUUCAUUUUGUUUUUACAAUAUCAAACGAAGCAAAACUAUUGUCAGUGUAUUUGCAUAAAAUCUUAAUUUACAACAUUAAAUUAAUUUAUGUAAAACAUCUGACAUGGCAAGAAGAACAACUCCGAUUUUUCUCUUCGCCGGUUUACAUUCCUGUAAUCUGAUAAUCUCUUAUCAGCAACUGACCAGAUUCAGCUAAUUUUGCGCACGCCUUCAUUCUUCCAGCGUGCAUUGCUUUGUCAACAUACAUUCGCCAGUCAUCUUGAUUUGUUUUUCCCACCGUCCCACCCAAAUGCUUUUUAUUUUUAUCUUCUUGCCAUGUUUGAUGAGAGAAAUAAAUUGAACGAUUAAAAUCAGUUUGUUCUUGGUAUAGUAAAACUGUAUGGGCGAUUUUUUAUGCCCCACCUAUGAUAAUUGGCUUAACAAAAUGUAUUUGUUAAUUUUAUGCACAGGUUUUUUAUGAUUGUGUAAUGUUUGUCAAUUUGUUUAAUUAGUAUUUUUGCAUGAUUUGUCUCGUCAUUUAUUAGAUCAAAAUAAAUGACAAUUUUCAAUUCAAACUCUCUUCAUUUUGUUUUUACAAUAUCAAACGAAGCAAAACUAUUGUCAGUGUAUUUG